AUGCCUACUCCCUCACUCUUCCCGACUGGCCCAGAGCCACCCUUCGACCAACUUUCGCCGGAGGCCAAGUUCAAUCGCAUGGGUUCAUGGUUUUUGGGCAACCGCGGCGAAAAUGCUAGCAUCUUCCAAAACUCUAUGGCGUCCAUCAUCAAAAACGUCCAAGCUGGUCGAAAAGUUAUCUGGCCACAAGAUGCCCAAACCGUCACCGCUGAAAUGAUCAACUCGCCCGAGUUCCAAAGCAGUGUGACUUAUCUACAACAGUGCCUUGAAGUACUCGCGGGCGAAAUGUCCCUCAGCAGUGUCCCGUUUUACUCGCCUCGCUACGCUGGCCAUAUGAGUACCGAUAUCUCUUUGCCCGCCGUUCUUGGAUACGCACUCGCUCAGCAAUUUAACCAAAACAAUGUCACACCCGAAGCCAGUCCCUUCACCAGUUACAUCGAAUAUCUGGCCGGACAACAGCUUUGUCACAUCUUGGGCUUCAAGCUCGACCCUAAACUUGGCAAGCCUGCGAAAGCCACUUCGAGUGACCAGAACGAACCCUUCGGCUGGGGCCAUAUCACCGCUGACGGCUCCAUUGCAAAUCUGGAGUCGAUUUGGAUCGCUCGGAACCUCAAAUAUUACCCUCUCUCCCUUCGCCUGGCUAUGCAUGACAAUCCCGUGCUGGACUUCGUCGCUUCCACCUUCCGGGUCAAGCUCUGCACCGGUUCCGAGAAGCUCUUCUGUGCGUGCUCGCCUUGGGAGCUUCUCAAUCUCGAGCCCUCUACCGUGGUGGAAAUUCCGGAGCAGCUCUUCAAACGUUACAGCAUCUCCUCCGACGCCCUCUCCAACAUUCUCAGACCGUUCAGCAUUCAGACUAUCGGAAUGGAUAAGCUGAACGCAGCCUUCGGCAUCACCCGGCCCGCACAGUACAUGGUCUCUCUCGCGAAUCAUUAUAGCUGGCCGAAGGGGUGUGCUAUCACCGGCAUCGGCAGCAAGAACUUGAUUGAGAUCGGCGUGAACGAGGACAUCAGGAUGGAUAUCGAGGAGCUCAAGAAGCAGCUCAAUACGUGUCUCGAGACUCAGCAAGCCGUCUUCUGCGUGGUGGCUGUAUGUGGCACCACAGAACAUGGCGCUGUUGAUCCCGUCCGUGAUCUCGUCGACCUUCGCACGACUCUCGCAGCGAAGGGCAUGUCGUUCAUGAUACAUGGCGACGCUGCGUGGGGUGGGUACUUUGCAUGUAAAUACAAGGAACCACCUCGCGCGGGGGAGGCGCCUCGAAAGUACUAUGCGUUCUCCAUCGGUCUCAACCCCUGGACCAACACUCAACUUGGGAGUUUGCGCGAAGUCGAUACUAUCACCAUCGACCCGCACAAGUCUGGCUAUUCUCCAUAUCCAGCAGGGGCCCUCUGCAUGCGCGAUAGUCGCUUUAGGUUCUUAACCACAUGGACAAGUGCGUACAUCAACACGACUGGAGCGGACUACAACAUGGGCAUAUACGGUGUUGAAGGGAGCAAACCGGGAGCCGCGGCCGUCGCCGUUCUUCUUUCUCACGAGAUUGUUGGGCUGGAAAACCGCGAUCAGGGCGGAUACGCCAAUCUGCUCGGUACUGCUAUGCUUACGGGAAUUAAAAUGUACGGACAUUGGGUCACUGUCGAUCUUCUCUCCAAACGGCUACUUGUCACACCCGUGAAUCGGCUCCCGGUCGAACGCCAAGACGGCGGUGCUACGGAUGCUCAGAUUCGCGCGCAGAAGCAACGGAUCUUGGAUGACAUUCUUCGGAGGCCGAACGAGGAGCUUGAAGCUGACGACGACGCGAUGAGGCUGCUCGGGGAACUCGGCUCCGACACUAUGAUCAAUGCGUUUGCCUGCAACUUCCGGGUCAAAGACGAUGGCGAGGUUAACGACGACAUUGACUCUGCAAACUUCUUGAACAGUCGGCUAUACGAUCGCCUCUCCGUGCGCCGAGAACGAGACUUUGUCAACGAUCGACCGCUUAUCAUCAACCGUACUGAGUUCAAGGCCAGUGCUUACGGAGGCGCUUUGGAUGCCUUUAAGCAACGUAUGAAGGUCAAACCUGGGAAGGAAGACCUCGUCGCCCUUUCCAACGUAUCCAUGAGUCCGUUUCCGACCGCCGGCGACUUCUUGAUCGGUAUGAUGGAAGAGUUCAGGGUUGUGGCUGAACAGGAGAUCACAAAUUGUCUCGUCCGCAUCGAAGAGCGUCAGUCUAUCCAUGGCUUUGUCUUACAAGGCCUGCACACGGACUCCGCGCACCUCGUCUACCUCCCCAUGUUCCAUAUCAAGAAUCAACAGCGGCAACUGAUACUGCACGUUUCCAUGCAAUUGGAAGAUUCGCAGCUGGAGAAGCUCAAGAGCGCUUCUGCUCCGACUGCUCACACUUCUUCCAAUACGUUGCAAGGCCUGAUGACGCUCGACGACAUCCUCACUCAGGGCAGUUUCUGCGCUGACAUCUAUGAUGGUCUUCCCGACACCUAUACGUCCAAUGAAUCUGUCGUUUCCAAUGUGAAGUUCAAGAUCAAGGCAGUCCGUGUCAACGAGACACUCUCCCGGGACAAACUUUCUGCCAACUAUCCCAAGGCGACGCCAUUUUACUUGUAUGCCGGCGACGAUGGAGUUUACAACCUCGAUCACGUCCUUACGAAGGCCCCGAACGUUCAGCUCAGCGCCGCCGGCAUCGAUGUCCGCCUCGACUCAGCCACUCCCGCUCUUGAUCCCUCUAAACUCUACAAGGUCACUCUGGAUGAUUAUAUGGAACAAUUGAUGCAGCCAUUCAGCGACGCUGGCUUCUUCGUUCGCGAUCAAGAGCUCAAUGUCACCGUUCACGACGAUGCGAAGGUUGUGCGUAAGGGCACGGUCAAGCUCUCUAACCGGCUGAGCAUCGACUACGGCUUCCUGAACCAGGAGAUAGCUGCGGAUGUCUACAUCGUGGCUUCAGACCCGGCGAGCGGCUCAGACCCGCAGGACCACGCCGACGACCUUGUGACAGCCUUCCACAACGGCAAUAUCGAGUGGACGGACAACGUUGUCGUUGCCUUCGGUAAAUAUGCUAAAGAAAUCGGCAAUCCUUUGCCUGACGACGUCACCGUCACGCUCGGUGUGCCCGAAUCCUUACCCGGCGACGACGCGCGCUUUGCCAUAGUCAGUCGGUUUGUGUGCAAGCAGUCGUCAGACCCGGCGAUGCGGUCGUUGGUUUGGGGACAGGAGUGGGCCAAGAAGUUUACGGAGAAGACCAGGCUUGAGUAUGCAGGCUCGACUUGA